AAACCUCUGCAGUAGAUAGGUAGUGCCUGCCUGGAAAUCACUUGCAAUUGACAGAAUACAUUUGAUGAUUCUGAAAUACAUCCAUCUGUGCUUGUGGUAGGGCAUUGUUAAUGAGAUGGCGGUGAAGAGCUGCCUCAGUGUUCAUACGUGUUGUUGCUCUGCUUUGCUGUGUGGUGAUUCAUCUUCUGAACAAAGUGGGAACAGACAAAGGAAUCAGUAAAUAAUACAAACACUCAUACUAUUAACAACCUUUUAACGAAGAACAAGCAUACAUAAACAAUCGGGCAGAUACAAGCGUGCCAUGCACUAAUACCACAACAUUUUACAUAGUGGCUGUCGCCGCCAGUAGCUAUUGAACUUAGUGAUGCAACACUGGUGUUGUGUGAUGUUAAAUAGUGGACUGCAAUAUGAAAGUAAAGGACUUGCAUUCAAGACAGCCUAUUGAUGUUUCUGCCCUAAAAUCACAAACGCAUGACAGGGUAAUGGCUUUGACUCGGAGGCUAUGUGGCAAGUAUCAGCAAGUGAGCUUCAAGCUUGGAUGUCUACUGCAGUCGUUACUUGGAAAGUGAUUAGGUGUCCCACUCACAUUCGAAUGCCCUGUAGGUUGUAGCACAGGCAUGCAUCUUGUCACUCAAGCACACUCUCGAUAUAUCAUGGACAGGUUUAGGAGGUGAGUGCCCCAUUCUAUAUUCACAGUCAAGUGCCUGGGGCACCAAGCCAAACUCUCAUUGACUUGGGAAGCUGUGCUCCAUGUUUGUUGCUUUUGACAUCUUUGGCUGCAAAAAUAAACUUGGGAAACAUCCUUUCUGGUUGCCCUGGCUACAGCGUGCAAAGAUGAGAUGUUGGUUAUGCUAAACGGUUUAAGAUUGCCCCGAAUUCUGGUACGCUUGUCUAGACUGUUAUCAGCCCAGAGGGCUUUAAAUGCAUCACUGCUGUUUUUUCCUCACAUGUGGAUUGCAUGAGAGGCUAUGAGAAUUGUGUACUUCCUCGCAUUUAUGUGCAAGUUCUUUUCAUAACCUCGUCUCUCCUCACGUUUCACUGCCACCACCGUUUCGCCCCAGUUAGAGUGGCAAGCUGCAGCUCAUACUGGCUAACCUCCCAGUCUUUCCCUCCAAUGUUCCUCUCCCUUUUGCUAAGAAUGCUCCUGUUCGAUUUACGCAGACUUUGUUGCUGUGCGUCGCCGCCCCGGUCGACCACCUCUUCUGGACUCGCACAUGGGAAGGCGUCUGCGGCGGUGUCUCGUGUGCGGCUACACCACAGCUUUCCACACGAGCAUGCAGAAUCACCAAAGAAUACACACGGGCGAGCGCCCGCACAAGUGUGACUACUGCGGCAAGGCCUUCAUGCAGAAGGGCAACCUGGUCGCACACCUGCGCAUCCACACUGGCGAGAGACCCUUCCGGUGCCAUCUCUGCUCCAUGGCCUUUACACAGAAGACUAGCCUUGUGGGCCACGUGCGAACGCACACGGGCGAGAAGCCGUUUCAGUGUCGUUUUUGCCCGAUGGUGUUCGCACGCAAAAUGCAAGUGAAGAGACAUGAGGAGAUGCACACAUGGCGUGCUGAUGAUGCUGUGGCAUCAGGCGUGGGGGCUCUGCCGAACGAAUCUAAUGGUCAGGAUGUGUUGCCUUGUGCUCUGGAGCAGUAUGCUAACAUGAAAUACAGCGAUGUGCACAAACCUGUUGAAAUUACGAAAUUUGGUCUCUGCUGUGCACUGUCUUGUCUUGCAGGCACCACCAGACGACAGCGCAGUGCCCGUCGGCGCGUACGCAACUCGUCCGCCGACCAAGUGGGAACGCAGUUCUCGCUCACAGAGACUAGUGGCAGUAACCUGUGCCCCUCCGAAAAUGUGCAUGCCAACGAGUCGUACACUUGCAACUACUGCAAGAAGUCCUUCACAGCGCGUGGCAACCUGAACACCCACCUCCGCAUCCACACUGGCGAGAGACCAUUUCAGUGCCACCUGUGCCCCCGGGCUUUCACGCAGAAGGUGACCCUCGUGCACCAUGUGCGGACACACACGGGGGAGAGACCGUACCAAUGCCGCUUUUGCCUGAAGGCCUUUGUACGCAAGUUGGAACGGAAGGACCACGAGAUCCGCAAGCACUUGACAGAGACCGCUGCUUCUUGAAGGGCUUGCCACAUACGGCUGACAUUUGCUAGUGAUGAGCCUUAAAGGAAAUCCUUGCAAAACAGAUGUCAUUGCUCGUACUCAUUUGCUAUGACAUUGUCAGACUUUGUGGAAGGGCAGUGUUUGCAUAUGCUUAAAGGGAUGCACUAAAAGUGAGCUCCAUUAUGAAAGGAAACCUGAUUUGCAUUCAAGAGUGGCUGUAAUCAGUGUGUCUGCUCUGAAAUCACAAACGCGCCUUAGGACUACUUGCUUUCACACAGAGGCUAUGCGACAAGUAUUAGCAAAGGAGGUCCAAGUGCGCACAUCUUCUGCAAUUGUUGACUAAAAAUAGUUACGCAGAUCCAAUGCACAUGUUGGAAUCUAUGUGAAGCGAACCUUUCUUUAUUGGUGAUGGCUAUAUUAUGCUAUAUAAAGACUGAUGUGGCCAUCUUUCAAUGUGUGUUUUAAAGUUCCUGCCCAACAUUAUAUUAUUUAAAAUAAAUUUUGAGUCAUUUGGUUGUGAA